AUGCAAGGUCGGCUGCUGAAUCUGACAGGGACGGCUUUUGAAACGAAUGAGUGUGUGAAUACCACCAUCUGCCCAGCUUAUGCAACCUGCACUGACACUCCAAAAAGUUACUACUGCACUUGCAAACAAGGCUUCCUGUCCAGCACCGGAGAGACAGAGUUCAGGGGCUCAGGUGUGGAAUGCAAAGAUAUAGAUGAGUGUUCUCAAAAUCCCCUACAAUGUGGUCACAACUCAAUCUGCAAAAACCUGCCAGGCAGGUACAAGUGCAGCUGUUUGCGCGGUUUUUCUUCUCCUACUGGAAACAACUGGAACCCUGGAAAGCCAGGUCGUUUCGCCUGUACAGACAUCAAUGAAUGCCUCUCCAGUGGAAUCUGCCCAGAGCAUUCUGAGUGUUCCAACUCCUUGGGAAGCUACAGGUGCAGCUGUCGUGCUGGGCUCUUCUCUAACAACUCUGCCUGUGAAGAUGUGGAUGAAUGUGUGGAUUCCAGAGCCUGCCCAGAGCAUGCGACUUGCCACAACAGUCCUGGAAGCUACUAUUGUGUCUGCAACCCAGGAUUUGUUUCUAGCAGUGGAAACAUGAGAUUCCGCGGUCCAGGAGAGACGUGUGAAAAUAUAGAUGAGUGUUCUCAAAACCCGCGACAAUGCGGUCUUAACUCAAUCUGCCAAAACCUGCCAGGGAGACAUCAAUGA